UAUAAUAAAAGAAAAAGGACCUAGUAUAUCGGGGUGUGUGUAUGUAUGGAGUCUCACAAAAGUCAAGUCUCUCUGCGAAACUCGGUGCAGAACACGUAAAAGGAGAGAAAAAGUGUCUGAAUUAUCGGUAUCCAAUUAGCGUAAUAUUAGUUGUAAUAAGUAACAAAAUAUCCUUCUCUCCACUACUAUUAAGCGCACAAUUAAAUUACUAUAUUCUGUUUCCAACUCAAAACGAGUCAAAAAGCUUCGCUGGUACUUCUUCUCCUUCUCCUUUAUCCUACGCACCACUUUCUGCUUAUCCUACGCUUCUCUCAAUUCCUCAACAACAACGCUUUCACUCUUCAACACUCUCACAAUUCAGCAAUUUCACUCUUCCGUUUCAUUUCAGGAAAAGAAUCAUGAGUUGUUUCAGCUGUUGCGAAGAAGAUGAGUUCCACAAGACUGCUGAAAGUGGCGGACCGUAUGUUGUAAAAAAUCCAGCAGGGAAUGAUGGAAAUUAUCCUGCCUCCGAGACUGCAAAACAGGGAGCUCAAACUGUUAAAGUGCAGCCCAUUGAAGUUCCCGAGAUACAGGCAGAUGAACUGAAAGAAGUUACAGAUAACUUUGGACAAGAUUCUCUGAUUGGAGAGGGAUCCUAUGGAAGAGUAUAUUAUGGAGUUCUUAAAAGUGGGCAGGCGGCAGCAAUCAAGAAGUUAGAUGCCAGUAAACAGCCUGACGAGGAAUUCUUGGCUCAGGUUUCAAUGGUAUCAAGGCUGAAACACGAUAAUUUUGUCCAGUUGCUUGGAUAUUGCGUUGAUGGAAACUCCCGUAUUCUUGCUUAUGAGUUUGCAUCUAAUGGGUCUCUUCACGACAUUUUACAUGGCAGAAAAGGGGUUAAAGGAGCACAGCCUGGUCCAGUUUUGACAUGGGCACAGAGAGUAAAAAUUGCUGUAGGGGCUGCAAGAGGGCUUGAAUACUUGCACGAGAAGGCUGAUCCCCAUAUUAUCCACCGGGACAUCAAGUCAAGCAAUGUGCUAAUCUUUGAUGAUGAUGUUGCAAAAAUUGCUGAUUUUGAUUUGUCAAAUCAAGCUCCCGACAUGGCUGCACGUCUUCAUUCCACUCGUGUCCUUGGAACAUUUGGUUAUCAUGCACCUGAAUAUGCAAUGACUGGACAAUUGAAUGCUAAGAGCGAUGUAUACAGUUUUGGUGUUGUGCUUCUGGAACUUCUGACCGGAAGGAAACCUGUUGAUCAUACACUACCACGUGGACAGCAGAGUCUGGUUACUUGGGCCACACCAAAACUCAGUGAGGAUAAAGUCAGACAGUGUGUUGAUACAAGACUAGGAGGAGAAUACCCACCAAAAGCUGUUGCUAAGAUGGCUGCUGUUGCUGCACUGUGUGUGCAAUAUGAAGCUGAUUUCAGACCUAACAUGAGCAUUGUAGUCAAAGCUCUUCAACCUUUGUUGACUGCCAGAGCUGGACCUGCUGGUGAAACAGCAAACUAAUCUCUCUUUAUUUCUUUCUAUAUCUGUGAGUAUGUUCACAAGUGUGCAUGCAAAGUAUAAGAGACUGCUUCAGAAGCUGGUAUUAAAAUGGUCAAACAUGGCUUUUUGUCCCCAAGGGUACACUGCAUUCAUUUUGUUCAUAAUCCAUGAGGCUGUUUGAGGUU